AUGGCGUUGGCCUUCCUCGGUCGCGCACGUUUUCGGCAUCAAGACUGGUUAGACGACAACGACGGCGCCAUUAGCAACCUGCUCGCCGAGAACAACCGCCUGCACAAAGCCUACGUCGACCGCCUCACCGACGACAACAGAGCUGCUUUCUACCAUAAUCGUCGCCUCGUUCAACAGCGACUGUGUGAGAUGCAGGACACCUGGACGGCUCGCAGGGCUGAGGAGAUCCAAGGGUACGCGCACCUCAACGAAUGGAAGAACUUCUUCGCUGCGCUCGAAGCUGUCUACGGUCCGCCAACCAAAGGCACUACUCCUCUCCUCAGCGCCGACGGCAGUACCCUAAUCACCGAAAAGACACAAAUAUUACAGAGUUGGGCCGAACACUUCCGAGACGUCCUCAACCGCCCUUCCACCACCACCUCCGACGCCGCCAUCGUCGGCCUGGACCUCCCGCCCUCCCACCACGAAACCAUGAGGGCCGUGCAGCAGCCCUCCAGAGGGAAAGCACCCGGAACGUAUUCGAUCCCUGUUGAGGUCUACAAGCACGGCGCCCCCAACUCAUAG